AUGAACUCUGUUCACUCCAGAGGAAAAGCAUUGGCGAAGGACGUAGACUUUGAUAAGGUUGCCAGAAGGACACCUGGUUUCACCGGUGCUGAUCUUCAAAACUUGAUGAAUGAGGCUGCUAUCCUGGCCGCUCGUCGUGAUCUGAAGGAGAUAAGCAAGGAUGAGAUCUCUGAUGCUCUAGAGAGGAUCAUUGCUGGGCCUGAGAAGAAAAACGCAGUUGUUUCAGAGCAGAAGAGGAAGCUUGUGGCUUACCAUGAGGCUGGACAUGCCCUUGUCGGUGCCCUCAUGCCAGAAUACGAUCCUGUUGCCAAGAUUUCCAUCAUUCCUAGAGGUCAAGCUGGUGGGCUCACGUUCUUUGCUCCAAGUGAAGAGAGACUAGAGUCUGGAUUGUACAGCAGGAGCUACCUAGAGAACCAAAUGGCUGUAGCACUUGGUGGCAGGGUUGCUGAGGAGGUGAUCUUUGGCCAAAACAAUGUGACGACUGGGGCUUCCAGUGACUUUAUGCAGGUCUCACGUGUCGCAAGACAAAUGGUCGAAAGAUUUGGGUUCAGCAAGAAGAUUGGGCAAGUCGCGAUCGGGUCAUCUGGUGGGAAUCCAUUCAUGGGCCAGCAGAUGUCGAGCCAGUCAGACUACUCGAUGGCAACAGCGGACAUCGUGGACUCGGAGGUGAGGGAGCUCGUGGAGGUAGCCUACUCGCGGGCAACCCAGAUCAUCAACACCCACAUCGACAUCCUCCACCGGCUCGCCCAGCUCCUGAUUGAGAAGGAGACAGUUGACGGGGAGGAGUUCAUGAGCCUCUUCAUCGAUGGAGAGGCAGAGCUGUUCGUCGCUUGAGGCGCGGGCCCUGCAUGUUUUCGGUGAUUACACGAGGGUCCAACUUGUAGGAACCACAUUGAUCUAGUAAAAGUGUUGUUUUACCCAACAUGUUUGUAUAGUUCUUUGUAAAAAAACCUUUACUGACAUUGGGUUGCUCCAAUUAAUACAAAUUAUUUAUAGUUUUUGCC